GGCUCCAUCCCAAACAACAGGGCGGAGUGAAGCUAGAGGGAGCCUUGACGUUUGACCUACUUUUCAACAAACACUUGUCACAAGCUCACCAUCGCUUCCCUGCGCAGAGGUUGGACACUUUAAAGUUUCCCUCCUCUCAUUCAGUAAGUUGUCAGUAAACUCCGUGGACCAGCCUGCGUGGCAGCAGCGGCACAAACCGCAGAGACGCAGAGAGGAGGACUCGGGGAACGGAGGAGGGGUCCGUCUGUCUGUCUGUCUGUCGAUGCGAGGAGUUGCACAAUAACACGGACCCAUGUAACUUGGAGAAACUGUUCAGAGCUUUCGAGUAAGCGGGACGUUAUUGACUCCUCUUCAGUUGUACGUGGGUGUGAUGCCACCAUGGAGGCACAGAACAACAACCAGCCAACUUUAGACAACCACAACAAUAUCUACAAGAUACCUGGUCAAGAGGAUCAGAAAAACAUGCCAAGCUGUAAGUACUGCUGCACUCUGUCAAACUUUCGGAUUGAGAAGAAGAUAGGUCGGGGCCAGUUCAGCGAGGUCUACAAAGCCACAUACCUGCUGGAGGGACAGCUGGUUGCACUCAAGAAAGUCCAGAUCUUUGAGAUGAUGGAUGCCAAGGCUCGCCAGGACUGCAUCAAAGAGAUCGAUCUGUUGAAGCAGCUGAAUCACCCCAACGUAAUCAAAUACUUAGACUCCUUUAUUGAAGACAAUGAGCUCAACAUUGUUCUGGAGCUGGCAGAUGCUGGAGAUCUGUCCCAGAUGAUAAAGUACUUCAAGAAGAAGAGGCGGCUCAUCCCAGAAAGGACUAUAUGGAAAUAUUUUGUGCAGCUCUGCAGCGCUCUGGAGCACAUGCAUUCACGUAGAGUAAUGCACCGUGAUAUCAAGCCAGCCAACGUGUUCAUAACAGCCACAGGGGAAGUAAAGUUGGGUGACCUGGGAUUAGGCCGCUUCUUCAGCUCUAAAACCACUGCAGCACACUCUUUAGUGGGGACACCCUACUAUAUGUCACCAGAGAGGAUCCAUGAGAAUGGAUACAAUUUUAAGUCAGAUAUCUGGUCCCUGGGAUGUCUUCUGUAUGAGAUGGCAGCACUGCAGAGUCCGUUUUAUGGUGACAAGAUGAACCUCCUCUCCCUCUGCCAGAAGAUAGAGCAGUGUGAUUACCCUCCCCUCCCACCUGACCAUUACUCUGAAAAGCUGCGGGACCUGGUAAGCAUGUGCAUCAACCCAGUCCCAGACCAGCGGCCAGACAUUGUAUUCGUGCUUCAGAUCGCCAAACAGAUGCACAUGUGGACUUCCAGCACCUGAGCACCAUCCCCUCUGCUCAGUCUGAGGACCUUAAACCACUAGAUGUGAGCUCCAUCUGGUCUUAUUUGCCUUACCUUCAUCUCGUCAGGAGGAAACCAUGGAAAGACUUGUACAAGUGGACUGUGAUGUUCAGACGUCCAAACACCCACUCUUUUUUUUAACCGUUAUUUAUUCAGGGAAGUUUCACUGAGAGGAAGCCUCUCUCUUUUGCAGGAACACCCUGAUCACAUUCACACAGUUACACACACCUGGAAGCUGCUCAGUACAGCCACAGUCUGAUCUGCCGACCACUGAGCAGCUCUACUGGAGCACUUGGGGUUAAGGGCCUUGCUCAAGGGCACCUCAGUGGUGGUAAUGAGGAGGGGCAAGUUCUUCUUCUUUUUCGUUUACCCCACCCAGAUUUAUCCUGCCAGUCCAGGGAUUGAACCGACCUUCCGGUCACAAGCUCGCUUCACACGGAGAAACUUCUCAUGGCUUCGCAUUUCUUCUCAUCGAGGAUGUGAAGAGGUGUGUUAGUGGUGUAGCACUCAUGGGAAGUGGAGUUUACUAAAGCGCACUUGUUCUAUAUAUAUGAGAGGCGACUGCAUUUACUGAGAGAGAUUUGUGUCUCACCAUGAUGACGUCACAGGUUUCUCUAAGCUUAUUUUUUGUAUAACUCCACAGGGGUUGCAUUCCAAGUUCAUACCCUGUGUUUCAGGUAAAGUGUGUGCAGUAGAGCUGGGCAAUUUGAAUAUUUAUUAUCUAUCGUCUAUCAUAGUAAUCACAUCAUAUCAUAUCAUAGUAAUACAUUUUCUUUUAUACUGUCAAUUUAAGUACAUAGUUAAGGGGUCUAAAUGGACAUGUACUAAAUACUUAUUAAUUACUGAGUCACA